AAUGCUAACAUUAAUAUUUCCGCUCGGAUUUGUUCUGAUCAAUCCUUUGAACACGAGCAGUUUUCAAUCCCUUACACAAACCAAUAAUUACUUGCUAUAUUAUCUCCCCCAACUUCGCUGUCAAGUCUCUGUUCCUCCGCCACCAUGAACCACCUGUUCAGGAACUCCUGGACUCGCUUCGUUUGUAGUUUCAAUCGAUUUCAUUUUUCUAUCACUCAAAAUUCUAGUAAAUUCUCUCACUUUUCCGGGAGGUUCGAGCCAGAAUCAUGGAGAUCGAUGGAGGGUAUGGUUCAUUGCUCAGCAAAUCACGUUCCUUUGUCUCCCAUAAGUUUCUUAGACCGAGCGGCAAAGGCUUUCAGAGACAGAACCUCGGUCGUGUAUGGUUCUGUGAAAUAUACAUGGGGUGAAACUCAUGAACGAUGUCUGAGACUGGCCUCUGCUCUGACACAGCUGGGAAUUUCUACGGGGGAUGUGGUUGCAACCCUGGCCCCUAAUGUCCCUGCAAUGCAUGAGCUACAUUUUGCAGUUCCAAUGGCAGGGGCAGUUCUCUGUACGCUUAAUACACGCUAUGAUUCAGCAAUGUUGUCAUCCCUACUAACACAUUCAGAAGCAAAGAUCAUUUUUGUAGACUACCAGUUACUUGAAAUUGCUCGUGGAGCAUUCCAGGUUCAUGAAAAGACAGGUGCAGAGCCGCCACUCCUAGUGUUGAUAUCUGAAUCUGAUGGCCCAUGUCCUGUUGACAUUACUUCUAACACUUACGAAUAUGAGAGUCUUCUGGCAAAUGGACAGAAUGGAUUCCAGGUAAGACGUCCAAAUUGUGAAUGGGAUCCUAUCAGCCUAAAUUACACCUCGGGCACAACAUCUAGACCAAAAGGAGUCGUAUAUAGUCACAGAGGUGCAUAUCUCAAUUCAUUGGCAACAGUUCUUCUCCAUGGAAUAGGCUCAAUGCCAGUUUACCUUUGGACUGUGCCUAUGUUUCAUUGCAACGGGUGGUGCCUCAUUUGGGGGUUGGCAGCUCAGGGAGGCACCAAUAUAUGCCUUAGAAAAGUUACUCCAAAGGGUAUAUUUGACAGCAUCGCUAAGCACAGUGUCACCCACAUGGGAGGGGCACCAACUGUCCUGAACAUGAUUGUGAAUUCCCCAGUCAGUGACCAAAGUCCACUUCCUCACAAGGUGGAAGUGAUGACAGGCGGUGCACCACCACCUCCACAAAUUAUUUCCAAAAUGGAAGAGCUGGGUUUUGGUGUGUCUCACUUGUAUGGCCUCACCGAGACAUAUGGUCCUGGGACUUCUUGCAUAUGGAAACCCGAGUGGGAUUCUUUACCUCUUGAUGAAAGAUCCAAACUGAAAGCCCGACAAGGGGUGCAUCAUCUUGGUUUGGAGGAGGUUGACAUAAGAGAUCCUGUCACACUGGCAAGGGUACCGGCUGAUGGUAAAACUAUGGGUGAGAUCAUGUUUAGAGGCAAUACUGUAAUGAGUGGAUACCUCAAAGAUUUGAAAGCCACAGAAGAAGCUUUCAGUGGUGGAUGGUUUCGAAGUGGGGAUCUUGCAGUGAAACAUCCUGAUAAUUAUAUAGAAGUGAAGGACCGCUUGAAGGAUAUAGUAAUUUCUGGCGGGGAGAACAUAAGCACAGUUGAGGUAGAAACAGUUUUGUUUGGUCAUCCAGCAGUUCUUGAGGCUGCAGUUGUUGCACGACCGGAUGAUCACUGGGGCCAGACGCCUUGUGCAUUUGUGAAGUUAAAAGAGGGAUAUGAUCAUGUCAGUGCUCAAGAAAUAAUCAAGUUUUGUCGGGAUCAUUUACCACAUUACAUGGCUCCUCGGACUGUAAUUUUUGAGGAUUUGCCUAAAACUUCGACCGGAAAGACACAAAAGUUUAUUUUGAGAGAGAAAGCAAAGACUAUGGGCAGCCUCUCUUGACCAAAAGUGUAACAAAAUGUUGAAGCAUGCCAAUUUCUCUUAAUUAUUAGUUUGUUCUUCUUUAAUUCAAGAACAAACAGUCAUUAGGUUCACUAAUUCAUUAUCUAGUCUCCAACCCACGUACAAACACAUCAACUGAGAGCCAGAACCAUGUGCAAAGUUACAGGUUGAUCAAGAGCAUCUAACCGAUUAUUGUAAGGGUGCCAAGUAUCAAGAAGUACAAUAUCUUGUUUUUAUACGGCAGGAUAAUGUUUCAGGUUGAGGCUGAUAAUGUAGGGGGCAACAAUGGAACCGCAA